UUUUUCUUUGGGGGACAAUUGGCGAAUACCUAAGAAAUUGAUUGCUUAGAGGACUUUUCCUCUCAAUCACAUCAUUGAUUCGUGUAAAGUUCCUUCUUCCUCUUCCUUUUAAAAUUUGAUGGAAGCAAUUGCUUCUUAUUUGGUUUAUUUUUGUUUCCGACUUACAAAGCAACAAUGGGCCGCUGAAGAAGAAGAAUCACAUUCUCUGUAACUUUUUGUUCUUCUUCUCUUCACUCCAUUCACAUCCCCUCUUCUUCCUUCUUCUUCUCCAAUCUAAACCUGCAUUUUAUUUUGUGCUUCUAAGAUCUUCUUGCUGUCAUCCUUUGCUUUGACUUCAUAACAUAUAGCCGUCGAGGCCUUAAACAAUUAUCUUCUCGGAUUCCAUCUCUCUCUAUCUAGCUUUGUAUUCCUAUAUAUCUCUUUCUACCUUUGAAUUCCCACACAGAUGAAAAUGAGCUUCUCUAAAAUGAACAAUAGCAGCAACUCUUAUCAUACUGAAACCAAUGGUAUUGGCCUCACUGAUGACUUGCUAAUAGAGAUUCUCACCAAGCUACCACUAAAGUGCAUCUACCGCUGCAAAUGCGUAUCAAGGUCUUGGCGGCGGCUUAUUGAAGACCGUUACAUCACCGCAAGGCUUCCAUUAAUCCUCUCCGGCGUGUUCUACCGCAGUGGUCCCGGAGAUCUCGAGCCUGAACCAAAAUAUGGAUGCAACUCUAAUGGUAGUUUCCAUGAAACAGACUUCAAUUACCUCCCAUUUUACCACAACUCCAGCAUCAAAUAUUGCAGCAAUGGUCUUCUCCUCUUUUAUAGAAGCAUUCCCUCUGCUUUUUAUGUCUGCAAUCCUACCAAAAAAACAUGGGCAGCUCUACCCAACCCGAGGGGUAAGAGCCAGUUCUCAAUAUUAGCUUUUGAUGCUUACAAAUCACCAUAUUAUAAGGUGGUUUGCUUCAGUGGGUGGCCAGCACAUGGAGGCCAGCUUGAAGUCUUCUCAUCGGAGACCGGCCAAUGGAUCGAACACAACCUGAAUUUCGGAGUUGAUACCAACAACCUCUCAACUUUGAUGCAUUACUUUGAUGGUGUUCUUUAUGUUCUUGCUCUUCCUGGACAUGUUGCUUGCAUUGAUCUUGAAAAGAUGUGUUGCAGCAUAAUUAAGUUGCCUGAGGACUUGAAAAAUGGCGCUUUUUUAGGGAAUUCUGGUGGGUUUCUCCACUGCGCAAUAAAUGACGCAAAUGAAUUGAGGAUUUGGGUUUUAAAAGGAAUGAAAUGGACGUUGAAGAACAGAGUAAGUGUUUCAGGGAUUUUAAAAUGGAAUGGUGACGACAGAGAUAUGUCUCCUACUGCUUCUUUGCUUCAGGGGCAGUUUAAAUUCUUGGCUUUUCAUCCGAAGGAGGAUGUGGUUUUCCUAUGGGUUAUGGGUAAGUUGAUGUCUUAUGAUCUUUGUAAGAAGGGAUUUGGUUUCAUUUGUGAGCUGGGAACAGAGAAGGAGAAGGUUCAAGUGAAUCAGAUUUGUCUGUUUCCAUAUUCAGAUAACGUUUCAAAUUGCUUGGCUUGAUGGGAAUUCAAUUUAUGUAAUAGUUCUCCUCUAUGUUAUGUAGUUUAGUUUGUGACAAGUAAAGAAUGAUGUACAGAAAUUUAUAUAGGGACACAGGUGAUUUGAAGUUUUUUACAGUCCAAAGAAUUUCGUAGCUCCAUAACUUAGUAAAAAAAAUAGGAAGCUUUUGUUUGUCAUUUGAUGACUUCUUCCUUGAAAAAGUGACUGAUGGGAGGAAAAGGUGGAGGUACUAAGUCGGCACACAACUUGGAAGCAUGUCGAUUGAGACCGCAAUUCAAUUUAUUCAUUGCUUCACUAUGUAGGCAUGUAGCCAUUUAUUCUAUUUCUUGUCUUCUGUUUUUGUCAUGCAGUAGUGCUUCAAGGUUGGUGUUGGAUUUUUUACUUUA